AUGGCAAGUGUUAUUCCGAUUUAUAAGAAAACUGUAACCGUGGAAAAGGAAUUCAAUAAGGACAAACCCAAGCAAGAACUAAAACAAACACAACGUAGUGAAGCGGAGCCGCCGCAAGCAACAAGUGCACCCAAUGAACUCGCGCUAGAAUGCCGUAAUGACCGAGGGAAAAUUGUGAAGCCACUAACGAUUACGAAAGAAACUGCACCAGAGGUCGUGAAACGGAACGAAUCGGAUAGUCAGAACAAAGCGACGAGCGUGAGAUCAUUCGUGAAGAAAUGCAGAUCUUCCAGCGCGAUCACUUCGCGUUUCAUAUUUCCGAGUGCAACGUUGCGAGUCAACGCCAACCACAGAUGCGUGCAAGGAACAGGAUCUUACGAUAGAAUAUAUCAAAACUUUUCAAAGCACCAGUUUUCAUCGAUUAAACACAAGCGACUCAAAGCAUUCAGACAACGUACGCCAUCUACCGAUGACUAUAGAAAACGUUCUCUUAACAUUUCCAACGUAUUCCAAAUAGAAGCAUGCACAAUGAAGCCCAGUUGUUACACGAAUGAAAGCUGCCAAACACAGAAUUUGAUGUCGCUUCCUGCGGGUAAAUUCGACACCAGCUCCACCUGUAUUCUUUCGCCGGCUUUAAGCCUAACCGAAAUAUGCAGUGGGAGGGACAAAAGUGACUUGAAAACUGUUUACUUUAUGUUGUCGGCCAUCGAAGGCAGAAUAAGAAGACUGAAGCGAAAUGUGCGCUCACAG